GUUGAGCUGGCAGCGCUGCUGCUACUUCCAAUUGUACGGUAGAGGAAGACACACAGUGGCUUUUCGCGUUGAGUCGAUUUCAUGCCGCUGAAACUUCGGAGACCAGAAAUUGAAUAGCCCUCACAUCCGGUUUCGUUACUUGAGCUCGUUGAGAUCUCGCUAGAAGUCAGUUUGCUGUGGUAGAUUGUGCAAAAUUUUAAGACCAAUCAAUCGGUGGAAUAAGUCUGUGAACAUCAUUUUCAAUUUACAAUCUGACAGCUGGCGCGGUUGAGAUCGUAAAACAAAACCAAGGAGAGACGGUCCAGAUGGGCAAAGAAACGAAUGCAUUUUUCACUGUCAGCUCAUGAAGCACACUGCGAAGUGUUAGGUGGUGAAAUCCGAGGUGCUUAUCAUUCUUUGAUAAGGGAUGAUGGUGUUGUUUUGUUUCCAAGCUUCCAUGUUGAUGAUUAUUACUUUAUAAUGUGAAGGUGGUGAGGUGUUUUUUCUGUGCGCGGGGAACAAGGCGAAAGAAAAUAAGAAAAUAAAGCAUUCUUCAGUGAGUAGCGAUGAGUGAAAGAAAAAUGAAUUAUUGGAUGUAAGAAGUGAAAAUAAGUUGUUUCCGUGUCGGGUGCCAGUGAAUCGGCGGCAAGGAAAAAGUAGUUAAACGAGCAGCUGUUUGGUCCUUCACAAAAAGCGGGAAAGCUGCUAACAUCGCACACCGCUCUACGUUCGAGAUCAAGCAGUAAUAAAUUUCGAUUAGCCAAUCGAUGAUCCCGCGGGAGGUACAAGCAAGUGAUUUAGUGUAGUACAUAAUCCGAUAAGCGACCCCGGCAAGGAGGAGAACGAGCAGCAGGAAUCAGCGCGUGUUGUGCUGCCAAAAGUAUACACCAAAAUUGUGAGGUGCGAAAGAAUUAAAUCAAGUAACUGAAGUGUAGCCGAGCUCGGUUUCGGCCAUGAUCCGUGAAGAUUUCCCAUCAACUGUUCACUUAGACAACAAUCCCGAGUGCUGUUGAUCGAGGAAAGUGUAGCCCGGAAAGUUUUUCAAACCAAGUGGUGGGCAGUCUGUACAAAGUUGAGCCACCCACAAUGAACCCGUCACUCAAAAUUAGCUUAUCAUCGGCUGGGCUGCUGUUCGUUACCUGCUGGCUUAGUCUGGUGAAAGACGUGUGCACGUUCCAGCCGGAUUUCGCCGAACCAAUCAUUAACAUUUCAGUGGCCAUCGGACGCGAUGCGACGUUCACAUGUCACGUACGUCAUCUAGGAGGUUACCGGGUUGGCUGGGUGAAAGCGGACACCAAAGCCAUUCAGGCGAUUCACGAGAAUGUCAUCACCCACAACCCCCGGGUGUCGGUGUCGCACGCCGACCAGAACACGUGGAAUCUACACAUCAAGUCCGUUACCGAAGACGACAGGGGCGGGUACAUGUGCCAGCUUAACACCGACCCGAUGAAGAGCCAGCUUGGCUAUCUGGACGUGGUAAUUCCACCGGAUUUCAUCGCAGAAGAUACCUCUUCGGACGUGAUCGUACCCGAGGGAAGCUCCGUAAAGCUCACCUGUAGAGCCAAAGGGUACCCGGAACCAGUUGUAACGUGGCGCCGUGAGGACAGUGCGGAAAUCAUUCUCAAGGAUGCAGCCGGCACCAAACAAGGUGUGAACUCGUACCGGGGUGAGGUCCUGAAGCUGACAAAAAUCUCACGCAGCGAAAUGGGCUCCUAUCUGUGCAUUGCAUCCAACGGAGUGCCACCGUCGGUAUCCAAACGAAUAUCUCUCAGUAUUCACUUUCACCCUGUCAUUCAGGUGCCGAACCAACUGGUUGGUGCGCCUCUCGGCACUGACGUAUCAAUCGAGUGUCAAGUGGAGGCAUCUCCAAAAUCCAUCAACUACUGGGUGAAAGAUACAGAAAUGAUAGUAUCGUCCCCAAAAUAUCACGUGCAGGACACUCCCAAGUCGUUGUAUGAAACGAAGAUGACAAUGACGGUUCGAUCGUUCCAGAAAGAGGACGUGGGCUCCUACCGAUGCAUUGCGAAGAACUCGCUCGGCGAAGUCGACAGUAGUAUCCGAUUGUAUGAAAUCCCAGGGCCGAAUCGCAAAGUGUAUUCACCAAAGUACGGAACCGAUCAGAAUGAUAUUGUUAAACCUGGCCAAACGGGCGCUGGAAGUAAAUCGAAGCUGUCCUACCCACCGGACGAUGAAGAGCAGCAGUACGGUGGUGGUUCGGCCGAAGAUUUCGACGAGGUUAUUGACACAAUACAACACCAGCAUCAUCACCAUCACCAGUUGCAGCAGCAGCAUCACGGAGGAGGUCGCCCAACGGCCCGAUCGCCAUUCGGCUCGUUGGAUCAUCCGAACAGCAUCAACGGUGUGGUUAUCGGUAGCCGCGGAAGCAAUGGCGGCUCCAGUGGAGCCUCUGGCGGCAAUAACGGAAACAACAAAAAUCUGAUAGCACUGAUGAAUGACAUCGGUACGAGAAAACCGUUUGUUAUUCCGCCCGGUCGGGGGGUCGACGGAAGUCUAGAAGGUAACAACGGCGUUCGGGGACGGCUCAUCGGCACUGCGGAUUCCGAAGCGGUGUUUCGAUUGCUGCUGGUUCUUCUGGGCAGCGGUUGGUUCGCGAUUUAUUGUCGACGGCACCUAGGGUAGGAAAGAAUGACAGCAGCAGGUAUGAGUACUAAAAUGAAUAGGUUCUCUUAGACUAGCACCUCUAUUGACACAGGGAGCAACAGGGGACAAAGUCUGCUCUAAAAUUUAGAAUAACGCUUCGGGACCGGUAACAGGCAUUGUUCUGGUUUGUUACCGAACUGUAUUUAUAUAUGAUGAAUAGACGGGGAAAAUAUAUCUUCACAGGGCAAUGUUAAUAAAGAGCGAGAAGCGGGUUCGCUGUGUAUAUUGGAUGUAAAUUGGGAUAGUAAUUGAGGGACGUUUAGAUAAGAUAAGAUAGUGUAUGUUGCGGACGCAACUAAAAUAACAAAAGGCCAAAUGUUAGUUUCCCGUUUUUGUUGCGCGGUAUAUGUUAAUAUAUGUAUCACUAUCACUGCAUGCGCGGAGAGAAAAAAAGCAUUCUUUGUAAAAAGUUAGUUCGUUGCUAUCAGUGAGAUUUGAAGAGAAAAGAUUGUCGCACAUUCGUUGCUAAACUUGUUGCAGCAGUAAAUAUCCUUCCGGGAAAAUUACUUGUUUGCCUUGAACAAGUAAUGCUUAUACAGUAUCCUAAUCAAUAUUCGAUAUUUUUUUCAAUGAAAUAUCCAGAAAAAAAAACACAACUGAGAAUAAUGUCUUAUGCUAUGAUGAAUUUCGACUACUUUAGCUACAAAAGAUGCAGUAAUCUUAUUCCACAGACAAAAAAGGAAUUUCACGCAAACUCGGCUAUGGAGUUGGCGACAUUUUCUCGUAUUUCAAUGAAACUUUGUGAGUUUGAUGACUUAAAUUAUUUUUUCGAUUCUUGUUGCUCAAAAACUAUUUGCUAAAUCUCAAAUCAAUAAGGCCAUAAAAUAAAAAAGGAAUUUUUAACGACCUGACUGUAAGGAGCUAAAUUAAAUGAAAUGCAUUUGCUUCGAAAGCCUUUUUUAUAGAUGUUUUGAUUUAAUAUCCUUAAAGCGCACACUGCAAAAUGUACAAUUUAAAAGAAAAAAACUUUUUCGUGUUGCGUUUUUUUCGGCAAAUUUCGUGCCUAAUAUUUUUUUUUUAUUUUUUAGACAACUUUCUGAAUACUGCGUACUAAAACGUUACUUCAUUGAAUAAACACUCAUUCUUUCCAAAGCAUCCUUUCUAAAUGCGCAUUAUUGAUACGAAGAAAACUUUGUCUUUGUGAGCACAAAUUAGUAUAUAAUUUCAGUUUUUUCACCAUUUUCUACAAUAUACGUUUUUGAAAAAAAGCAGUUCUCAGCGUAAAAAAUAGGAAAAACUAAUAUUUUUAACAAAAAACCCCUUAAAUUACCGAAUCACCAAACUCACACAUGUCACUGAAAUAAAAGAGAGUGAAUCGGCACAAAACCCCUCUAUACAGUUUUACACUUUCAGCUAAUAGUUCGGCGCCAACUGGCUUCAUACGGUAUGCAGGUCUGAGGGAUUCAUUUACACAAGAUCUAUAAAUCUCCUACCAAUGACGCUGCUGCUGCGGAUGCGUUUCGUGGCGACUGGCUGCCCGCCGGGUUUCUUUUGUUAUUUUGCGGUUCAGCAGAUAAUGUCUUCCUUUCGUUUUCUAUUCUGCAGUCAAGUGCCGUUCGCCUCCAGCCCGGGGUAGGAGAAAAACUUUUACAGCUGGAAUUUCCUGCGGCUUUUCACUUUGUCCCAUGUUGGGGAGAGGACGGUGGAUCAGCCGGUGACGGCAUAUCUUCGAAAUUCUGUCUGUUCACCCAUGCAGCGAGUCAAUGGAGUGUUAAGUGCGCAGAUAAUUUCCUCACAUUUUUCGAUUUGGACACUUUUUCUUCGAGGUUUGAAAACUUACAUAGUGACGCACUUAAUAAAAAUCUAUACUCAUUACAAUUCACUAGCAGGGGAUUAGAGCUUUUUUCAAUUAGAGUAAACAUUUAACUAGCUUUGUUAAUAUCGACUAAUGUACACAUGCAAUUCAUCAAUUUCAGUUAAUGCUUGCUCAUUGGACCACACAACUGUCGACCCUGUUUAACCCCUCUCGGUCGCCCGCAGUACUUCAUCAGUUAAUCAGUUAUCCAAUCAUCAAUUUCCGUCUUCAUUACCCUUUCGAACAACACCAUAAACUGUGAUUUAGCUCAAGUUUCCCAGCUUUCCGUUUCUGGUGAUAAUCCUACCACCUCCCUAACUUUUGUCAUCCAUCGUUACCCCUGAAAUCAUGUGGGCGUAAAAUUACUCGGAAAUCCCACUCCGUCUCUCUAAUUCGCUCGAUGAGUGAAGCUCAAUGAUAAUGACUUCAUAAUUAAAAUAUAAUUAUCAUAUCAUAUUGUGCCAUUUAAUACCGACAUCCUUCCAGUCUGGUCGUUUGCCAUCGUCGUGACAGGAUUCGUUGACUGUGUUACUACACGCAGCCAGACCGUCCGUCGCACUAACGAUGACGACGACAAUAAAGACGAAGGCCAAUUCCUUCUUUGAUAGCAGCAAUGUAGGCUCAGUAUAGUAAUCCGGCCGCAUCGUUCACCUGAUUCCUCUCUCAUCUCGGUAUCAGGUGGCAUUUUCAAAACCCAAGACGACACAACUUUAACGAGCUGCUAAAGCGAAGCUUCAAUAACUGAGUUUGUUCGGUUGCCUCCGACAGAAGGUGUUAUUUGGAGGUCUCUGCGGUUUCUGUUACCUUUCCUCCCUAGAUCAACUGGUGCUGUGAUUGUUUCGAUAAUUUUAAGCUCAUUUGUCGGAUUACUAAAAUUUGUAGAACUGUUAAACAGUUUUGAUAAUUUUCUCGUAAUUUGUUAGUGAGGCCUUUCGAUUGAUUUGAACAUCCUGCUUUUGAAUUAGAUAAAUCCCAGUCUGAAGAUAAUUCUUCAACUAUUGAGUUGAAAUCAAAGAGAUGUUCUGUUCUAUCUCCCACGUUUGACGUCCACGCAAAAGUUGGAUAGUACAUAUCUAUAUCAAUAUUGCACGAAAUUUUCGCAAUUUUUCAUUAGUUUUAAUACCUGGUAUUAAAUAUGUCAUGUUUAUCAGUCAUAUCGUUUACUUAUUUGGAUUUAAAAUUGUAUGGAAUUUAAGCAAGUCUUCUGGGUGUAUAUCAUAAUAAUAGCGGAAUUAAGCCAACAGUAAAAAAGUGCAAUAAAAAAAAUCGCACCGUAGUCGAGCUCAACACACAAAAUUCAUAACAAUUUUCUGCUGCGCUAAAAAACAAUAUCAGCUUUGCAAUGUCAACCAUUGUUUAUAUAAGUUUCAAGGUUGGAAUCACUUGGCUGAGACGUGAGAUAUAUAGACAAAUGUGAAAUGAACAGACUUUACGUGUUCUCAAACAGACACAUUUUUUUCCUUCAGUUGUUCACAUGUAAUAUACAGGGUGCGUGACGAAUUUUUGCAGUAAAUUUCGCGCAGCAAUUUCUCAUGCAUGCGGAACAAGAUUUAGAUAUUUCUGGCAGCAUUGUUAGAUGCCAGAUAUAAACAAAUAGUAAUCGGUCAGGCAUCGUCCUUUUAUUGCGCGCCGGAGCAAAUAUUUGAUUCGAUCGGUAAAAAUGACCCGUGACCGGUGAAGAAGAUUGCUUCUGGCCAUUAUGUCAUCUUUUAACAAGACGAAGCACAGCAUGAAACAUGAUAAAACAUGUAAGCGACACUUUCCGAGAGCGCCUAACAACAGUCAUGAAAAAAGGAGGUGGCUUUUUUGAAUGAAAUGAUUUACAAAUCCAUAUAUUAAGGAAAAUUUAGAACACAAAGCAUUUAUUGCAUGCAUAUACGACAACCUGGUGUAAAUUUUCUAAAACUUGUCGUUUACUACAAAAAUUCACGAACUUGAUUAUUUCUUUCACUAUUAUGGCUACAUAGAUCAUAGAUAUCUUAUGCCGAAUACAGGAUAAGCAUCCAUUAAACUCGGUCUUGGGCUGCUCCUCUCUAGUCUCACCUCGGGCAUCCUCGUCAACAGCACAUACACGCGGGCGGAGUCUGCCUCGAAUUCAUCGGCCUCUCUGCGGGUCUCUGCUGCAUGUGAUCAUUGGCGGUCGCUCAUCCGCCAUACGAGCUACGUGGCCAGCCCACUGUAACCUGACGAGUUUCAUCAGCUUGACAAUAUCAGCGUGUUUGUAUACUUCGUACAGCUCGGGUUCAUGCGCCUGCGCCACACCCCAUUUUCUAGUUUGCCACCGAGUACUGAUCGCAGGAUUCUACGCUCGAAGACCCCAAGCACUCGUCGAUCGGCCUCCUUCCACAUGCACGAUUCAUGUCCGUAGAGCGUCACCGGAAUGAUCAGUAUCCUGUAAUUCGCAAAUCUCGUGCGGAUCUGUAGACUGCUCGGUCUAAGCCGAGUGCACAAUCCGUAGAAAGCCCUAUUCACUACAGCAAUCCGGUUUUUCACUUCGAAUCUCACGUCGUUAUCACAGGUUACAAGCGUACCAAGAUAAACAAGUAAUGACGAAUCUAUCUCCUUCCAUCACCACUGCAGCACCAACGCCCGUAGGACAAUCACACUCUCUGUCAGCCACCAUGUACUUCGUUUGGCAGCGCAGAGUUUAGUGUGUUCUCGAAACUUCUCGAGGACUUAUUUCAAGGCGAACAUCUGGUCCGUUGUAGAUCCUCGUUCCAUUCGAAAACCGCACUAGUAUUCACCAACAAACGCUUCUUGCAAUGGUCUCAAUCUAUGGAACAGGAUGCGGGAGAGAAAUCCAUCGGUAGUUUUUUCUCAGACUAUAAUCUUGUGAAUUGCACUAUAUAGCUGCUGGCUCCCGCCUUUGAAAAGUUCGGCCGGUAAACCGCUCUUCAAAGCCAUUCAAAGCGUUUUUUUUUUGUAUAACUGAUUUAAAUUGUGACUACAUUAUUUAUCUAUAGAUAAAUCGCUCAAACCUUUGUAGAGGUAUGAGGCGAGACCAUCAUCAUCAUCAUAAUCAUUUUGUGGUUCUUCAGCUCAGCAAGCUUUUUUCACUUCAUUCAAGAUUAGUGGAUGCACAGCUUGUCCAUUCUCUUGAAUUUAUCUCCUGUUCUCCUCGAUAAACCCUGCCUCUCUCAUCGUUCAACACAACUUCCAAGUGUUGUUUUCAACGCUUGGCCGCCUGCGGCUUAUAGAUAAUCAGGUUCCCUUCACUGUCAUUACACAUGACACCCUAAAGAAGCUCCUCGUGUCGUGCCAUUUUAUAAUUCUCGACCCCCGCGAGGACGGCGGCCGUAGUGUUCACAUUUCUUCCGGCGGUGAAGCCGCUUUUCAUUUCAUUAGUUCCAUGGGCGCAACUGAGGAAAAUUUCUUGGGGGGGCUAGUUUUCAUAAAUUUCAUUUAAAAAAUAUAAAAAAGAGUUACAAUGCGCCUAUUCAAAAACACAUAACAUAGUGUCGUAACAGAAGACAAAAUCACUUCAAUCGGGAAUAAAUCUCCGAAGAUGUAUUGAAUAUCUUGACCACCUCUUUCAGCUGACGCUGAUUCGAUAUUGAGGAGAACUAGAUUUGGUAAACGGCUGGGCAGUGCGUACCAGCAGUACACCCGUGCUAGUCUGCAUAAAAAAGAUCCCAGUGUGGUCCAAGGCAUAAUACCAUAUUUCUAACUCCACGUGGAACCGAUUGAAAUAUGAGCAACCAAGAGAAGAUUGGGGAACCGGGGUGAACUUAGUCGCUGACAGGGAAGCGGUAGUUGUUCUCCUUGGAGAGCAGCUUGUCUGAGCGUCUGUUUUCCAGGAUAGGGGCGGCUCGAACAGCGACUGAUCCGGAACGGACGGUGAACUAUGAAAUGCGGUGUCUCGCCUCUAUACCCAAGACGGCGGCUCCGUCGCGAGACUAGGUAUCGCAGCCCUAGUAAAGCAGCAUGCUAAAAUAAACAUACUACGAACGAUCAAGAAUUGAAAACGAACCGAAAUUACCCGCAAUGAUCUAGUGACGAAAUAAGACGACGAUUAGAAGCUCGGUACAUAUAACAGUAGAACGCUUAACGCCCCAGAUGCCGACCGGAUUCUGCUGAAUCAGCUAGAAGUUCACCAGUUCGGCAUCGUUGCGCUCCAGGAGCUUUACCGGAAAGGAGAGAAGGUAUGGCGAAUUUGUGGCCGCAGGGCACAGUUUUACCAGAGCAGAGGGUGGGACAAACAAUGAGCUGGGUACCGGCUUUAUAGUGCUGGGCAGGAUGCAGAGUCGUGCGAUCAAGUGGCAGGCGUUCAGCGACACGUUGUGUUUGUUGAGAAUAAAAGGCCGGUUCUACAACUACACCAUCCCCAAUGCCUACUGCCCUCACGAAAGACGUCCCGAUAUAGAGAAAGAAACGUCCUACGCACAGCUGGGGAAACUCUACGAUAGCUGCUCGCGUAGAGACAUCGAGAUCGUCACUGGGGACAUGAACGCUCAGGUCGGUAGGGAAGACAUAUAUAAGCAGGUGAUUAGCCCGCACAGCCUGCACACCGGCACCGGGGGCUGUAGCCCCCCCUAGCCCCCCCGUAGUUGCGCCCAUGAUUAGUUCGUUUUUUCUAUGUGGUGUGAUUAUCCUUUGUUUACCUAACAACUUUACCAAAAAUCGCAUUUUGAUGAAAUAAGUUUCUCCCUGUUUCAUUAGCAAUAUAUCGAUAUGUGAUUUUGACAAUCCCAUUACCAUUACCUCCCAUUACCAACAAUCCACAUUACACCAUUAAUAAGUCGAACAAAAAAAUGCAAACCCUUCAUCUGCAGGAACAUCAACAAAUUCAUAACAUUCCAUGCUGCAGAAUAUCACAUCAUCGCCAGCCCAAGCAGCAAUUGCUUCUACUGCACUAAACAUUAACUGGGACCUCGGUCGGGUUCGGCUUCUGCCGCGGAAAAUUGCGUUGCAUCCGUGUCUGCGACCGGUAGCUAGCUGCCAUCCGCACGGAGACAGUUUUGGCAUUUUAAAUUUCACUAUUCACUGAGCCUCAAAUUUUAAAAUUUAAUUUAAUUUGAAUAAGAUGAGACAGCCACUCCGAGGUCGGUUUGUGGCUUCCGGUGCGAAAACGAAACAAGGACGGAACGGGAAAGUGGGGCUUGGCUCGGGCUUUUCCGCAAUGUCGACUCUCGUAGUGCGGAAAGAUGAUGACGAUGCUGCUGUUGGAAGCGAUAGUGCGACGGAUGAUGGAUGGUGAUGACAAUAGGCGGUUCUCUGUAGAAGCGUUUAUAAAGUAAAAUUUUUAUGGUGAGUUAUGAAAAAAAUGGAAGCUUGAAUUACUCUUUAGUACGCGAUUUCGAUGAAAGUUUCCAAUUCGAAAAUUUUGUAUUUUUGCAAGUAUUUUUAAAUCUUGCUUUGAAAACAACCCUAUUGCUGGCAGGAGUUUAUCACACUUGUCUACAAAAAAAACUGGACAAUGGUGACAAAACCCGUGCAUAAUGAUAUUCUGCAACGACAGCGAAAGUGUGACAGAACAGUCUGCAGGUUGUGAACAUGUCUGUCGGGCAAAUCAAGGAAUUCAUGAACACAUACUAACAGACAUAACACUUCGGACAAAUUGCCGAAAAAAUAUCGCUCGGAAGACGCUCGUAUACGAAAAUAACACCAGCAGUCUUUGGGUGCGUUCUUUAUAUCAACAACAGCACCAGCGUACACGCAAAAGUUGGACAGUGUGUAACCACAUCAAUAUUGCGUCUUUUCAGAGCUUCUUUUGGACUGUUUCGGAACCAGUACAAUGUGUGUUGUUCAUAACGCAUUUGGUGCUCUAGCGAAUGUUCAAUGCAUUGGACGGCUUAAAAUCAAAACACUUUUGAAGUUUUAACCGGUGCUAGUAUUGCCAUGAUGAUUUGUACUGGUAUUGGUAAUAUUUUUCAUAAUGCUGCUAUUGUUAAAGCAGUGCAAGCAGUAAUCAAUGCUGAUGAUCUUGGUAUUGACAAAGUUAAUGCAAAUAUGAACUGAUCGAUUCACUAUCAUGAAUCCGGUUAUUCAAAAACAUCAUCGAAUCAAUAACAAUUGAAAAGACUUUGGGUUUGUUCAAAACAUUUUGCAUUUAACGACGACUCUGGUAUUAUUCAUAUGCAUUCGGUUCCACGUUACUGGCACCAGCGUCAGUAAAUUCUGUUGCAACGAGGCUCGCUAUUGGCUGUUUCGGUUGCUGACGCACCGACUCGCGAAAGUAACCAGCAAUUUUUUGUGCACCCCAAAACUGAUCGUUUGCCCAAAACCGAAGUCUACCGAAACACCACGACUUUGUGUGUAUUAUACAUAUUCUAAUUUCGAUCUCUGUCAAUGUAUUUAUUACACAACUGUUGCGUUCAGGGUUGCCACAUUUAAAUCUGUAUUUUCCUUUGAAAAAAUCUGAACAUCUGUAUCUGGAACAAAAAAAUCUGUAUUGCCUAAACAUAGAGAACUUUGUAUUUUUUAUUGCCUUUCUCCUAGAAAGGUAUAGCAAUCACUGAAAAAAACAAAGGUAUAAAAGUGCUCCAAAGGGUCGAAUCUCGUAUAUCAAUCGACUUAGUUCGACGAGCUGAGCAUAUUCUGUAUGUAUGUAUGUGUGUGUGUGUGUGUGUGUGUGUGUGUGUGUGUGUGUGUGUGUAUGUAACGGUCUCCCAAUCUCACUCGAUUUUCUCAGAGAUGGCUGGACCGAUUUUCAUGAAACUAAUUGCAAAUGAAAGGUCUAGUUGCCCCAUAAGACCCUAUUGAAUUUUAUUGUAAUCGGAUUUUUAGUUUCGAGGUUAUAUAUCAAAAUGUGAAAAUCACAAAACUUCAUUAUCUCAGAAACUACAAAACCGAUUUGAACAAAAUUGGUAUCAAAAGAACGGGCUUGUUUUUUGAACCAUUUAUGGAAUAAUUUUAUAAUUAUUGGACAUGGAGUUCAAAAUUUAUGCAAAGAACCGUGUUUCAAACAUUUUUUAAACUUACUCACUUUUCUCGGACUUUAACUUUGUCCGUUAUGUAUAAUAAUGGGAAAUCAGGCUAUGACAAGACCAUGUUUCUAAGACUGUUUGAACUCACCCACUUUUUUCAGAGAUGGAUGGACCGAUUUUCACAAAAUAAGUUGCAAUAGAAAGGUUUAGUUGCCUGAUAAAACCCUAUUGAAUUUCAUUAUAAUCAGACUGUAACUUUGUCUGUUAUGUAUCAAUAUGUAAAAAUUAUGAAACUCCAUUAUCUCAAAAACUACACAACCGAUUUGAACAAAAUAGGUGAACGGACCUUUAAAACCCCUAAAUAAUGAAUUUUAUGAUGAUUGAACAUGUAGUUCGAAAGUUAUAAAAAGAAACGAAAGCGUUCAGAAAACUUUAUCAAAUUCACUCGUUUUGCCAAAGAUGGCAUCACUGAUUUCAACAGUCUUAGUUUUAAAUUGAAGGUUUAGUUGCUUUAUUGGUACCCAUUUAAUUUGAUUAUAACAUUGGUUGACAAAAUCGAAAGAAAUGCUGCUCUAAAGCUCAUAAUAGUUGCCUUAGAAAGAGAAAAAUUCACAGGAAAAGCUUUAAUAUUUCAUUUAUUCCUAAUUCGACCUUCGUGGCAACACUUGUGUUGACCAGUGUAGUCGGACUUUUAUUUUAUCCAUUAUGUGGUAAAUUGUAAAAAUAUUGAAAAUCUCUUCUCUCAAAGAUUACACGACUUAUUUAAAGAAAACAGGUGUCGCAAAUUCGGAUUUCAAAAUGAAGUAUGAAGAUGAUUCCUGGUCUCUGAGCCUCAUCCCGGGUACUGAAAAACUCACAUUGGGUAAUGUUUGUCCCUUUUAGACUGAUAGAAACCGGAAGCUACUGUCUAGAAAUUAAAAUGGCGUCUGAAGAUGAUUUCUGGCCUCAGGGUAUCAUACCGCUUCCCCAAAUCGUAUUGGAUGAUAUUUUACACGUUAGGCUGUUGAUCGGAAACUGUCGCCAUCUUCGCCAUAAAAAUACCCAGAUUAGGUAGUUCGGCAAUUUUAUGAUGGAUUUCAUGAUUUUAUGAUUAUCAGGCAACCAGAAGUGGUCAUCUGAAUCAAAAAUGGGGGUUGAGGUCGGAUUCUGGCCACUGGGUAAAGGGUAUAACCCAGGUUUCAAGAACCCUUAUUGAUUGGUAUUUUGCCCUUCAUUGGAUGCCCCUCAGAAACGAUCAGUGAAAUCAACUGCGUUAAAGAAUUUCGUUUUCACUGAUAAGAUCAUUCAAAUUAAUGUAUAAGGAACAACAUUUAAUUAUACAUCAAAUCGCAUCAUAUAGUUGAAAGAAUUUAAUGUUGUUUGCCUGUAUAUGUGUUAAUUUAUAUUCAUAUCGUCGGUUUCGUGCAACACUGGCACAACUCAAAAAACAUAGUUUCGAGAAAAACGCGUUUGAAAAUUUGCGUCGAAAAUUUAUUUUUCGAUUUUCAAGAAAACUUUAAAGUUUAAGAUUACCAAUCCUUAUUCAACACCUUUGGGUCUAUUAUGCACAUAUUACGUGCUCACGUUGUCCAAGUUAAAACCUUAUUUUUACUAACUUUAUGGAGAAAUUUCGAUUUGUGCAGCAAAGGCACUUCUACUCAUAACUCUGUAAUUUUUGUGAUUUUCGAAAUGGGAUUUCGUGUAAUGAAACUUAGCAGUAUUUGGCAUCGUUCGCCAUCAAAAACUCAAAAAUGCAAAUUUUUGAGUUGUGACAGUGUUGCACGAAGCCGAUGAUAUGUUAAAUUUUAAUUGUUCGGUAUAGUUGUGCUGUUGGCUACCAAAAAUUUGUUGUUUAGAAUGAAUAACAAAUCCAGUAGAAAUAAUCAAGGUGUAUUUUUUAAGUGUUGGAGUAAAUCUAUUUAAACAAAUUAUAAGUUCGAAGGAGACAGGCUGGGUCUGGGUUGUGACAGUGUUGCACGAAGCCGAUGAUAUGUUAAAUUUUAAAUGUUCGGUAUAGUUGUGCUGUUGGCUACCAAAAAUUUGUUGUUUAGAAUGAAUAACAAAUCCAGUAGAAAUAAUCAAGGUGUAUUUUUUAAGUGUUGGAGUAAAUCUAUUUAAACAAAUUAUAAGUUCGAAGGAGACAGGCUGGGUCUCACCGCUUGGUGGAUUAAUUUAGGUUUAAUGGUACAUUUACCAAAUCCGUUUUUGAGCUGAAACGUGUGAGAAAUUGCAAACAUAUUCAAUUUGCCCAAUAUUUAAUGCAUUAAAAUUUGGAGUGUUCAUAAAAAAUUAGUAUCGAUUUAGAGAAAUUUGUACUUUUUGACGGAAAUCUGUAUAUCUGUAUAAACAGAUUCUGUAACGUUACUUCGUCCAAAACCUAAGUUAAUCCACCUAGCGGUCAGACCCAGCCUUUCUCAUUCAAUUUUUUAUUUGUAUAAAUAGAUUUACAUGAACGCUUCAAUCCAAUAAAUGUAUAUUCACUCUUUAGGUUCUAAAAUAUUGAUGUUGUAAUCUUUACAUAUAAAAAUGCAGUCAAGUCUGUAUGUCUGUCUGAUCCAUAUAGGCCCGAAAACUACUGAACCGAUCGACGUGAACAUUUGUAUGUAGGGGUUUUUGGUGCCGAUAAAGGUUCCUAUGAUAGUUUGAGACCCCUCCCUCUCCUGGAAGGGAGGGGUCCCAUACAAAUGAAACAUAAAUUUCUGCACAACUCAAGAACAAACCAAGCAAAUGAAACCGAAUUUGGCAUGUGGAUGUUUUAAGGGGUAACUAAUAUGUCCAUAAUAGUUGGAUGAAACACAAAUUUGUGCACAUCUCGAGAACAAAUCAACCAAAUGGAACAAAAUUUGGCAGGUAAAUGUUUUAAGUGGUAACAAAUAUGUACAUAAUGGUUUGAAACCCGACUCCCUCUUCUAUAAGGGAGGGAUCCCAUGAAAAUGAAACACAAAUUUCGCACAGCUCAAGAACCAAUCAAGAAAAUACAACCAAAUUUGGUAUGUGAAUGUUUUUAGAGUUAACAAAUAUGUCCAAAAUGGUUUGACGCCCCCCCCCCCUCUUCUGCAAGUACAUGUUUCUUCACAAAUUUCUGCACAUCUCGCGAACUAAUCAACUAAAUGGGACCAUAUUGGCAGGUGAAUGGUUUUAGUGGUAACAAAUAUGUUCCAUAAUCGACUUCAGACAACAUUUUGGAUUGUAAGAUGGCAACUUCCGGUAUCUGGAAAACAGCCGAAAAUGGCCGAUUUCCACCCAAUAUAAUAAUAUCCGGAUCUAGAAUAAUACACAGGAGCUCAAAUCGACCACAGAUAGCAUUUUAAAUUCUAUGAUGGCGACUUUCGGUUUCUGAAAACAGCAGAAAAUGACCAAAUACCACCCAAUAUGAGUUUUUCUUUAACCCGUAAAAAGCAAAGCCUUGGUGCUACAUUCCGAUUCGGAACUUGACCUUCUGUUUACUAUACACAGACUUCGUAGCCAACUGUUCAGUGUACAGGACAAUUGCGGGGCUAGCGCUACGAUCUUACUGACACUAACAGUCUCUCCCGAGUCAAGACUCGAACCUACGACGACUGGCUUGUUAAGCCAGCAUCGUACCUCGAGACCAGCUGGGGUCUUUAACCAGUAUGCCGUUCAAAAUCCAGAAAUUGUCUCCAAAUGCCAUUAUGAAAUCCAAAAUGGCGACUUCCGGUGUCGAAAAAACAGCGGUAAAUGACCAAAUACCACCCAAUAUGGGUAUUUCCGGAACCGUAAUGAUGCACUGGAGCCACAAAUCGACUUCAGAAAACAUUUUGAAUUGUAAGAUGGCAACUUCCGGUUUCUGGAAAACAGCCUGAAAUGGACGAUUCCCAUUAAAUAUUAGUAUUUCUGGAACCAGAAAGAUGCACAGAAGCUAAAAAUUGAUCACAGACACAAUCUUGAAUUUUAAGAUGGUGACUUCCGGUGUCUGGCAAACAGCCGGAAAUGACCAAAUACCAUUCAAUAUGAAAGUUUUCGGAACCAGAAUUACGCCCAGAUGACAGAAAUUGAUUUCAAUUUUAAAGUCCAAAAUGAUGACUUUCGGCUUCUGAAAAACAGUCCAAAGUGACCAAACAUCACCCAAUAUGAGUUUUUCUUUAACCAGUAUCUUAAAUACCAUUUUGAAAUCCAGGAUGUCGACUGCCGGUUUGUGAAAAACAGCCUAAAAUAAACAAAUACUAUCCAAUAUGAGUAUCUCUGGAACCAGAAUGAUCUAAGGAGCUAACAAUUGACCUCAGGCACCAUUUUGAAUUGCUAAAUGGCAACUUAUAGGCAACAGUCGGAAAUGACCGAAUAAUACUCAAUAUGGAUAUUUCCAUAAACGUGAUGAUGCAUAGAAACCAAACAUUGACCCUGGACACUAUUUUGAAUUUGAAGACGACCACUUUUAGUUUCUGGAAAACAACCAAAAAUACCUCCCAAUAUGGGUAUUUCCGGUGUCAGAUCGAUGCCAGAAAGUCUGCUGAUAAUGACAGAAUACCACCCAAUAUAAAUAUAUAGAGAAUUAAGGCGAUGUACAGAAGCCAAAAGACGAGGAUGUUGUCAUUUCGAUAAAACCAAUCAUUUCAAACGAUUUUUUAUUUGACUUUGAUCAUAUCCUAUGGCCGAUUCGUCGUGCAUUUACAGACUUCAAACAAACCGCAAGGAAUCAAUGAACUUGGAACGUUCAAAUAGUACGACACCACAUUUAAAUUAUGUUGAGGCCACAUAUAUCGAUCAAAGCAGAUAUAGUUUUAAAUAGUCUUUGAAUUUCUCUUCUUUCCAUAACUUUUGAGCCACAUAUCAAAUUGUUAUGAAGUUUGUUAUUUGUAUCACUGACACUAGUUAUGUUCAAAUAAGUCAUGUAAUCUUUGAGAUGAUAGACUUUCGUUGUUUUAUUAACAAUUUAAUACAUAACGGUUGCUUAAGUUCGAUUAAAAUCAAAUAAAAUGGGAACGUGUAGGGCAGCCAAACUUUGAAACCACGUGUUCAAUCAUAAUUCAUCAGUUAACCCUUAACUAGCCCGCUCAUCUUAUAAUAAUAAUCAAAUCGGUUGUGUAGUUUCUGAGAUAAUGAAGUUUCGUGAUUUUCACAAGUCGGCACAUUACAAAUGAGGUAACAGUUCGAUUACAGUAAAAUUCAAUAGGGUCUUCUGAGGCAGCUAGACCAUUCAUUUGACACUUAUUUUGUGGAAAUCGGGUCGGCCAUUUCUGAGAAAAGUGAGUGAGUCCAAGUAGUCUUCGGAAUAUGUUCCUUUGCAUAGUUGGAUUUCACAUUUUUAAACAUAACAGGCAAAGUAAUAGUCCGAUUGCAAAACAAAUCAAUAGGGUCUUAUGGGGCAACUAGACCUUCCAUUUGACACUGAUUUUAUGAAAAUCGGUUCAGCCAUCUCUGAGAAACAUGAGUGAGAUUAAACAGUCUUCAGAACACGUUUCUUUUCAUAACUUUUGAACCACGAGUUCAAUCUUUAUGAAAUUCAAAACUUAAGGGUUUUCUAGGUAUCCCGUUCUUUUGAGACCAAUUUUGUUCAAAUCGGUUGUGUAGUUUCUGAGAUAUUGAUGUUUCAUGAUUUUCACAUUUUUAAACAUAACCUCUAAACUAAAAAUCCGAUUACAAUAAAAUUCAAUAAGGUCUUAUGGGGCAACAAGACCUUUCAUUUGCAAUUAAUUUCAUGAAAAUCGGUCCAGCCAUCUCUGAGAACAGUGAGAGCACUUUUAUAUUUUCGGUUUUGCAAGUGAUUGCUAUACCUUUCUAGGAGAAAGGCAAAAAUCUGUAAACUACAGAUUAAUCCGUAUAUGUGGCAUCUCUGGUUGCGGUAUCCUUUUGACACAUUUGUUGUGCAAAGCCAGAGCAUUUAAUGUGCGUUAUGAGAGAACACACCGGUUGAUGUAAGCUUCAACUUUUGCGUGUAUGUGCGUGUGUUAAAUUACUAAUAUAUGUGGCCUCAAAUAUGAAUAUCUUAUAUUAAAAAGUGCUAAAAAAAUAUUUGAAAAACUGUAAAAUUGACGGCGGCUCUGUCCAACAUGUAUUUUUUUUCUAUGUGGUGGCUGUAUCGUGCUGUAUCAAGAAUUUCUCGUUAUGCUGCUCGGUUUUGGGCUGUGAUUCGUCAGUUCCCCAGGCGUCUCACCAUCCGCAAGUCUCCUUCGAUAUGGUCGAGCCAUCGUGCACGCUGCGCCCCUCUAUUUCUGGUGCCGGCAGGGUUGCUGAAGAGAUGCAAUUUCGCAGGGUUGUCGUCCAGCAUCCUUACGACGAGACUGGCCCACCGCAACCUUUUGACUUUCGCCAGGUGUGCAAUUAGGUUCUCUCCCAGCAGUGCGUGCAGCUCAUGGUUCAUGCACCGUCGCCAUUCUUCAUCGUCCGUUUGUACUUCACUGCUGGAAAUAAGUAUAAAGACAAACGACGUUUGGACUAAUUUGUACUGGGUGGUCAGUAUUGAACAGAACACAUAUACACUGCUGAUUUAUAGUGUAAACUCUCACGCAAAAAUGUAUUUAUUUUCUGGAUUGUAUAUGUUUUAAGAUGAAUAAGUGCAUUACCUUUGUUAUGUAUGACCUUCGUGGCAUAGAAAUUAUAAGAUUUUUCAAAAUAUUACGAUCAAGUUUAGACCAUUCUUCUUGAAUUGCGCGUUUCAGUUGUCCAGCCGUUUCAUACUUCCGUCCAUGCUUGAAAAUGCUACGCGAUAGUAAGCCCCACACGUUUUCUAUCGAAUUCAAAUCGGGACUGCAGGCUGGCCACUCCAAAACAGGGAUUCGUGUAGCCUCAAACACUCUUUGGUAGCUUCCGAAGCGUGACAAGCAGCUUUAGGAUAAUUAUAAUUGAAAAAUCAUGUUUUCGUUCAUAACAUUUUCGGAAAAUGGAAUUAGAACUUCAUCUAACAAUUCGCAAUACAUUUUUGAAUUCAUCCGUGAUGAAAUAAAACAAAUAGGCGUUUUCCCAAACAUGCUAAAACCGGCCCAUGUCAUCACUGUUCCUCCACCGAAGUUUCGUUUCUCUCUUGUUGGUCUUCUUUGCCAUUUAUCGUGCCAGAGACUAGUGAAACCAUCUGGUCCAUCAAGGUUGAAUUUCUUCUCGUCACUGAAAGUCACAUUUGACCAUUCAUCUUACCAAAACUGGUACUUUUCAGCGAAAGUAAAACGGGCCAUCUUGUGACGAGCCAAAAGUCGUGGUACAGGCGUUGUUUUUGUAAAAACAAUAUUGGGAUCAUCGUUUAGAAUCUGACGAAUCCGACGAAUAGAUACGGACAGGUUCAUUUCUACUCUGAUUUCAGCCGAAGACAGUUUCUGGCGGUCACUGGUGACCCCAAUUACACGAACUCGUCGACCACCUCAAGCUCAUCGUCGUCCACAAAGACUUACGUUGGGAGGCUGAUGUUGUUCUCCUUGGAGCCGCUCGCUCGGAUGUAUUUCGUUUUCGACGCAUUUAUUAGCAGUCCCAUUCGUCUAGCUUUGGUUUUUAGUCGGGCGUAAGUAACUUCGCUGUCGCAAAGUUACGUGUAAUGAUGUCCAGCCCAGAAGCUGAACAGACCUUGUGAAAAUCGUGCCCCUCGUGUCGAUACCCGCCCUCCGAAUCACACCCUCAAGGGCCAUGUUGAACAGCAAACAAUAAAGUCCACCUUGUCUUAUCACUUGUGGUGGCCUUGAUCAGUCGACUCAGUUUAUCCGGAAAUCCGCUGUCGUGCAUGAUCUGCCAUAGCUUUUCACGAUCGACUGUAUCAUAGGUCGCCGUGAAGUCGAUGAAGAUGUGAUAUGUGGGCACGUUGUACUCGCAACAUUUCUGUAAGAUCUGCCGGAUAGAGAAGAUUUGGUCCGUGGUGGCCCAGGCUCCCAUGAAGUCCGCUUGGUACUGGCUCACGGGCCUCCUGGUUAAAAGUGAUAGACGACGGAAAAGGAUCUGGCGGCAAUGACAAGCGAAAUACCGCGAAUAUAUCAGCAAUCCAGCUUGUUGCCCUUCUUGUAGAUGGGGCAGACAACUCCCUCCAUCCAUUCGUCUGGCAGUUUUUCCUCCUCCCAAGUCCUGGAAAUGACACAUUGCAGCACUUCAGCCAACGCCUCCCAUGUUUGAAGAUCUCGCUCGGCAGUCCACCUUUUACUGCGGCUUUGUUGUUCUUAAACUUCCCGAUCUCACGAAAAACUUCAUGAACAUCGGGGGCUGGCACCCGGUCAUCUGCUGCUGGUGCUCCUAGGUCAGUUCCUUCUCCGCUUCUGUUUACUGUAUCGCCAUUAAGGUGUCCAUCGAAGUACUUCAUCCACCUGUCGACCACCUGGUCUGAGGAUCGUGGUCAUGUCGUUCUGUGCCCGUUUAUUAUUGGACUUGUUCUCUCUAAUUGAGCUGCCCAGGACCGGUUCUUCUCAUUCACCGCUGCCCCCAACAUUCCCCGUCAUACCAAUCGUUUCUGCCACUCUAUACUUCCACUCCUCGCCGUACCGGUCUCCCCGAUAGCUGUGCGAAUGCUGCAACAGCCGUCCUCGAGAGGUGUUGCGCCUCCGCCGUGAGUAGUAUCACUUCGAGCUGUUGCGCAUAUUUUUCCGCAGCCUGGGAGUCCCAGAGCUGCUGAAUGUUGAGCCGCAAAGUUCGGCGAUGUCGCGCGUGGUAUUCGGUUGACAGUUUCGAGCACAAAGAUUGUUACCAAUGUAACAAGGAAACAACUUUUCCGAAAUUUUAAAUCGUGUAUUUUGCACACUGCGAUUUAAAUUUUGUGUUGCGUGUGUUACUCAUUUUUUUGUUACAUCACAUGUACUCACGUUUGUACGUUUCCUACUUCGUAACGCAAAUUCAAUCAGGAUGUUUGAGGUAUAACAAAUCUAUUACAAAUGUGAUUAGCAAUUAGGUACAAUUUAGAAUUAAAUUUUAUAUCAGCUUACAUAUGAGCAAACAAAUGCAUGAAUUGGAUCCUUCUUAUAGUAAUCUUUGACUAACCUAUAAAUUUGAUCAUAUGAUUUUAGUUUUACUGUUAAUUUAACUUUUUAACAUCUUACCGCUUUUGAGCAGCUAGAAAUUUACUUUCAACUUAGGCACUAAUAAGAAUAAAUUUUUACUGCCCUGUAAUUUUAUAAGUUUAACACGUUGCGGAAAUCUCCUCUGUCGGUUAUCGGCUGCACUCUGCUCCCCUCCGUUAUCGCUGGCCAAAUGACAGAGAUGUCAGUCCGUUCGCUAUAGCAGUUUGCUCGCCGUAGCUUGCGGCGAUGAAGCACCGCGUCAGCAAUGCAAUAGAGGAGUAGGUGCGUCGUCACACAGGGUGUGCACGCAACAGUCCCCCCCAGUAGUUGGACCCUGGUCCGGCUCACUUCCUUUUGCACCUACGUCCAAUACGGCAAUCUUGAUUGCAGGUCGCUCGUACAUCCCAGCGGCAGUCUGAACGACUGCCGAACGCACUUGUCCAUCGAUCGAUGUUUUGACCGCAAUCACCCGGCCUUUGGGCCAACAGUUUCUUGGUAAAUGCGGAUCUACUAUUAAUACGAUUUCUCCGACAGAAAUUCGCUCCCAGCAGCCGCCCAUGUGCGGAGACGCAGGUGGAUUAAAGUGCCAUGUUGUUCUUGGUGUGGUAAAUUCCACCAUAAACUGGUUUUGGUCCAUCUUCGCUACCGCCUCUUCCAGCUCCUUGUCCGCCCCCACGAAAUUCGUCCCUCGAUCACUAAAAAUUUCUAUCGAAGUUCCUCUCCGGGCGAAACAAUUCCGUAGUGCAAGGAUACAUGAGCUUGUAUCCAGUGUAACAGCCAAUUCGAUGUGUAUUGCCCGUGUAGUCAAACAUGUCACAAAGACGCCCCAUCGCUUCUCAUGAUGACGACCAACAACGACGAAAAGGGGUCCAAAAAAAUCGACACCCACGAAUGAGAAUGGUCGAGCAAAAGCAGCUAGUCUUGAUUUAGGCAAAGAAGCCAUCAUCGGGGGAGCAGGAACAGCACGUUGUAAUUUACAAUCCUGGCAUUCCCGAUGAACACGUUUAUAAACAAUGCGAACUCGUGGAAUAUGGAAACAUUUACGAAUUUCGUUCACACAGGUCUCAUGACUUUGGUGAUGAUACCGUAAAUGAACAUCGCGCACGACGAGAGACGUAACCGGAUGAUCUCGUGGUAGAACGAUAGGAUACCUGCUGUUCUCGUCUAAAUAGACACAUUCACCCAGACGACUUCAAAUCCGCAUAACUGCUUAUCGAUAAACGGACUGAGCUUGUACAAGCUAUUCUUUUUAUGAAGACGAUGAUUGCCUGCUGUAAGUGUCGCUAGUUCAUCCCCGUAAACAUCUUCUUGUGCCUGCUUGAAGUGGAACAUCUCAGCUUUAAAAAGUUCAUCUCGGGUUAGUGGUCCACUUGCCGGCUGUUGUUUUUUUCUCUUCAAGCGGAGAUUUGUCGCGAAACGUUGUGCAAGCGCCGUAAUAAGUCGCAGACGGUUCCAGGAGGAAAAAUUUUGUGCUAACAGAAACCGGGGCUUCCCUUCGACGUGGUGUAACAUGCUUGGACGGAUUUCUUCCAUAGUUACCGUGCAAUUCAAAGAUGAUCUGGGCCAGUCUUCUUUGGACUUCCACAAAAACGGUGGCCCAAGAAACCAACGACUCGUUGGUGAAAGAUCGAGUUUAUUCUUCCGUUUGGUGCCAUCAUCGGCCACAUUGUCCUUAGAACCUAACCACCUCCAGUCGGUGACAUCUGGCGCCUCUAGUAUCUCGCCCACGCGGAACGCCACAAACUGAGAGUAACGUCGGUGGUCAGAUUGCAACCAACACAUAACGUCUCGAGCAUCGGACCAGAAGAACUGUCGAUCGAUUUUGAUGGAAUGUCCCGCCACAAUACUUUUGGCUAAUCGCGUACCAAUCACCGCAGCAUGCAGCUCUAAUCGGGGGAUGGAUACGAAUUUCAAAGGUGCUACCCGGGUCUUACUUCCCACUAGGGCGCAGUGGAUGGUUCCGUUUUUUUCAAAACGGAAAUAAGAAACAGCCGCGUAUCCGAGCUCACUAGCAUCAACGAACGUAUGAAGCUCUAUCUCUACUUCGUCGACUUUAUUCUCAGCUCGGUAAUAGCAACGGGGAAUUCCUACUGACUCGAGCUCCGGCAGUGCCCGUAACCAUGUACGCCAUUUUUCUAGCUCUCUUUCUCCGAUUUGUUCAUCCCAUCCAGUCUUUGCUCUCCAAACCUCCUGGAUAAGUAUCUUAAGAUAUAUUAAAUAAUGCGCUAUGAGACCUAAAGGAUCGUAGAUAGCCAUCAAUGUACGAAGUAAAUCCCGCUUGGUUGGAAUGGUGAUUCCUUCUAGAAGAUCCCUGUUGCGGUCUGUGCAAAGUUUGCACCGAAAGUUGUCUGUCUCAGUGUUCCACCACAUACCGAGAACCUUUUCCAUGGCUAAAUCCGAGUUCAUUUCCAAUGAUUUUUCAUGUUUAGGCAUUUCCCCUAAGCUUGCCAACACUCUUGGUGAGUUAGAAACCCAGUUUCUCAUAUGGAACCCUCCUUUGCGAUGAACAUAUCAAACCUCCUUCGCUAGUUUUAUAGCUUCUUCCUCCGUGUCUACACUGGUCAACAUAUCAUCAACAUAGUGCCUACUAUGAAUAGCCUCGACGGCGGCGGGAUACUCACGCGCGAAUCGGGAUGCGUUUUUAUUUAAAACAAAGAUCGCUGUGCUAGGUGAACAUGUCGCACCGAAGGUUACCACCUGCAUAACGUAAUCGCAAGGUUCCGUCAUGCUCUCGGCAGCGCACCACACAAUCCGUUGACUGUCCUCAUCUUCAGAAUUCAUCACGAUUUGAUGAAACAUUUCAGCUACGUCUCCUCCCAGGCCUAUCAAUCGUUCUCUAAACUUAUACAAAACCGGUGGUAAAUCGUUUAGCUGAUCAGGGCCUUUCAUAAGCACGGAGUUCAGUGAAACACCACCGAAGGAAGCUGCCGCAUCGAAAACAAUCCGCACUUUCCCUGGCUUGUUGGGAUUGAACACUGGGAAGAUUGGUAAAUACCAGGUUCUACUUCCGGUGUUUCGGCUCUCCUCCGAAGUAAGCUUACGAAUAUAUCCUUUGCGUUCGUAAUCCGCCAUCUUGGACCGCAAUAUUUCCGCCAGUUCUGGUUCGCGUUCCAUCCUUUUUAUUAAACAACGAUGCCGUCUUAGAGCCACAGAGCGGUUGUUAGGUAAACGUACAUCGUCAUAUUUCCAGAGUAGUCCCACUUGGUAGCGCCCAUUUUGGUAACUCGUGAUCUCGUGUAGUUUUGAAAGUGCACGUUCAUCUUCCUUGGAAAGCAAUUGGUUCUGCGGUGCACUAAUUCCUAGGCUGUCAUUAGCGAAGUAUCCCCUCACCAUUUCGUGUAAGUCUCUAUCGGAUUCAUAUGAGUGGAAGCAGAUACUGUAGAUAUGAGUGACGUUAUUUGAUGCAUGAUCAUCGUCUGACGAACACGUUCCAUAGAUCGUCCACCCAAGCCGUGUCUUGACCGCUACUGGUUCAUUCGGUUUUCCUUCACGACUCUCCAAAGUAUUUAUCGGUCGCAUAUUGUUCAUUCCAAUCAAUAUUUUGGGUUGAACAUUACUAUAAGAUUCUAUUGAUAACCCGUCGAGAUGAGAAUAUUUUCCUUUCAACUUAUGGAUGGAGAGAGGUUGUGACGGUAGUUUUAAUUCUUUAACCGUAUAGGCAUCAGUUAAAUUAUUUUUUGAUCUAUCAUUUGUCCCAGAGAUACCUAACGAAACACGCAUAGCAUUGUUUUCAUACCGACAAGUAUCUGCCGUCCAACGUAAACAUAGUGGGUGCUUUUCGCCUUUCAAGUUCAGUUCCUUCGCCAAACAAUCUUCCAUCAGCGUGAGAGAGGAGCCACUAUCCAUAAACGCAUAAGUGUGCAACUUGAUUCCGUUGUUGUAUAAUAUUACAGGAACAUACUGAAAUAUCACAGCUUUUAGUUCCUCCUCGAUGAGUGUUGCACGAUUUAGUUUCUCGGGAACUGCCAGCGACGGGGUUUUGAAAAGUUUGCGUUUGUUGUGUGAAACCUGACGGCUGUAGUGAAACUGGUUUUUCUUUAGCAUCAAUGUGCAUGAGACGAUGGUGCUUGUAUACACAUCCGUUCUUACCGCAUGGUUUUCCAACCUUACACGAGCCUCGGUGACUGCCUAGACAACUACGGCAUAGCUUAUGCUCGCGGAGUGCAGCCCAACGUGCCGAAUGAUCCAUCGAGGCAAAAAAUUUACAGAUCUUCACGGAUUCACAACUGCCCUUGCAAAUUGCACAGCCAACAUUUUUUGCGCACUGAUUAGGCUCCGAAGUUGUUUCGGUAUGCGCAUUUAAAAAACCUUCAUCCUUACGACUGCGGCGUGAGUUGGUGUCAAAGGAUCUCACCAACUAUGGCAUCGUUACUGUACUUGCUGCUUCUGCCAGUUGGUAUAACCAGGCACUAAAGUCUGACAGUGUUACCAGCCGCAGAGACUGACGAUGGGUAGCACAGUUCAAACGAAUCAUUGGCGGUAGCCUGUCAGUCAGGCUGUGUAGUAGAGUUAAAUCACAUAAAUGUUCCUCUAAUUCACAAGCCUUCACUGUUGCUACCAUGUUGCGAACAGCUAGUGCAAAAUCGACGAGUGUACCUGAGCGGUCCGCUUUGGGUGCCGGGAGAGCAUUUAUUUUCUGGAGAAGUGAGUGAACAAUAAUUUCGGGACGGCCGAAUAGCAUUCUUAAGGUUGAGAGUGCGCGUUCCAGGUUGGCGGGAUGUAGUAGCUGGCAUUUGACUGCUUCGAAUGCUUUUCCUUUUAGACACUUCUGUAAGCGGGCCAUAUUUUCCUCAGCUGAAAAUCCACACAAAUUUGUCGUGUUCUCAUACGUGGCGAAAAACAACGGCCACUCCUCAGGUUCACCACUGAAGAUCGGUAAUUCUCUGGCAACUGCGUGACGGGCGGCGAUUUGACUUUUAUUCAGCAACGUUGUUCCCAUGACGGUAGGUAUUUCGUGCGACUCAUAUGGAUGGCUCUCUUGCAGAGCAUCAUUUGAGAGACCGGCAAAUGAAGCGAACGCGGAACCGUUGGGACGCGGAGGAUGCCGAAACGACGCAGUUGGUCGUUGAAUGAACUUAGAUGGAUUCAGUACUGGAAUAUGCGAUCGUUGCUUGGCGCGGGGUGCAGAAAAUGUCAUAGCACUAGGACAAUCGCUAACUACAAACUGGGAGAGUCCAGAAAAUUCAGUGGAAAAGCGAGGCGUGUGAUUUGCAACUGAAUCGUGCGCGAUUGGGACGAAUGGCGACAUAUUAUUUCUCGAGAAGGGACGAGGUGGCUGCUCAUGUUGAGCUGACGAUGGAUGACUUUUCACGGUGAGAUUAUUCGGUUCCAACAUCAAUUGAAACCUUCGCAGGAGAAAUUUGUGCUCAAGAGCUACUUGCUCUCUCAGUAAUUGGGUACGAAGUUCUGGCGGCAGUUUGUUGAUUAAGUCCGGAUCCACAGUCGUGUUUUGGUCGGUCAAGUGUCCACCUGGGAUUUGAGCAAUCGGUGUAUGUUGAUGAGGUGAUAGUGGCGGUCGUGGUGUACGAAGACGGGGUGUCGGUGUACGAGAUGAUGAUGAACGCGGGGAAGGCACUGGUGGCGCCAAUGGUCUCGGUGAUUUUGGAGCAGGAACUUUAGCACUGGUGCAUUCCUGGCAGCUCCAAUCUCGAUUCGCUACAUCUUCUUUUACUCCGACACAAUGGAAAUGAUACCAUUGUUCGCAGUCGUCACAACUCACCAUUUCUAGGGUAUCCGCAUCUCGGCAGAACGUGCAUGAUUGCUCGGUUUCGGAGUUUUUUUCUGCGUUUUCUCUGGGCAUCGUCGAUGAUCCAAAACGAAAAUUUUAAAAAUGUUACCAAUGUAACAAGGAAACAACUUUUCCGAAAUUUUAAAUCGUGUAUUUUGCACACUGCGAUUUAAAUUUUCCUGAAAGAACGAGUUGCGUGUGUUACUCAUUUUUUUGUUACAACACAUGUACUCACGUUUGUACGUUUCCUACUUCGUAACGCAAAUUCAAUCAGGAUGUUUGAGGUAUAACAAAUCUAUUACAAAUGUGAUUAGCAAUUAGGUACAAUUUAGAAUUAAAUUUUAUAUCAGCUUACAUAUGAGCAAACAAAUGCAUGAAUUGGAUCCUUCUUAUAGUAAUCUUUGACUAACCUAUAAAUUUUAUCAUAUGAUUUUAGUUUUACUGUUAAUUUAACUUUUUAACAUCUUACCGCUUUUGAGCAGCUAGAAAUUUACUUUCAACUUAGGCACUAAUAAGAAUAAAUUUUUACUGCCCUGUAAUUUUAUAAGUUUAACACGUUGCGGAAAUCUCCUCUGUCGGUUAUCGGCUGCACUCUGCUCCCCUCCGUUAUCGCUGGCCAAAUGACAGAGAUGUCAGUCCGUUCGCUAUAGCAGUUUGCUCGCCGUAGCUUGCGGCGAUGAAGCACCGCGUCGGCAAUGCAAUAGAGGAGUAGGUGCGUCGUCACACAGGGUGUGCACGCAACAAAGAUACCGCAACUUUGUAGUGGUCCGAGUCAAUAUCCGCUCCGCGAUUGGGGCGUACGUUUGUAAUGUCUGCGAAGAACCGGCCGUCGGUGAGAACAUGGUCAAUUUGGUUUGCUGUACGUUGGUAAGGUGAUCUCCUGGUUUAAAGGAUGUCCUUUCGGGGAAAGAAUGUACUUCGAACUGCCAGUCCUCGGGAAGCUGCAAAGUUGACACAUCGCUGGCCGUUAUCGGUCGUCACGAUGUGCAACCUGUGGAGGCUGAUCACCGGCUUGUAUAUGUCUUCCCUACCGAUCUGAGCAUUCAUGUCCCCGAUGACGAUCGUGAUGUCUCUACGCGAACUGUGCGUAGAACGCUUCUUUCUCUACAUCGAGUCUUCCUUCAUGAGGGUAGUGUACACUAAGGAUAGUGUAGUUGUAGAACCGGCCUUUUAGUCUCAUCAAACAUAAGCUACCGCUGCUCGUCUGCCGCUUGAUCACACGACUCUGCAUCCUGCUCAGCACUAUAAAGCCAGUACCCAGCUGAUUGGUUGUGCUGCCGCUAUGGUAGUACUGUGCCCUGAGGCCACAAAUCCUCCGUACCCUCUCUCCUUUCCGGCAAAGCUCCGGGAGCGCAACGAUGUAGAAGUGGCGAACCCGGUCGCCACGUUCAGCGAUCUACAGGUCCAUGUACCUAGCUUCCUAUCUUCGUCCUCAUUUCGUCGCCUAGGUCGUUGCUGAUUGUUCCGGUUCGUAUUCAAUUCUUGAUUGUUUGUAAUAUUUCAAUUUUUCGGCAUGCUGUCUUACAGGAUGCCCAUAGUCUCGCAACGAAGCUGCUGUCUUGAGUGUAGCUGGCGAGACAUCGCAUUUCAUAAUUCAGCCGCUCAGGCAAGCUGCCCUCCUAGGAGAACAGCUCUCUCUUCCCUGUCAGCAUACGACCAAGUUCCCACCGGUUCACCAAUCUUCCCUUGGUUGCUCGUAUCCCAGUCAGUACCACGUGGAGAUACUUUGGACCACACUGGGGUGUUUUUUUUUUUUUUUUUUUCAAUUAGUACGGGUGUACUGCCUAAUCCUAUCUUCCAGUUCUUCCUAUUAUCUUCCAGUUAUUUCUUUUUUUUUUUUUCAAUGUGCAUUACUACAUUUACUUUAUCAAAAUAAAAACGUUUUUUUCCAAAAACAAUUGAUGCUGCAUCCAUUCAUGUUUAUUGUUAUUUUUACCGAAUAGCCAUUAUUUAAUUUCGAUUUAUUUCAAUGUACAUAAAGAAAUGUUGAUUUUCAAUGAAGAGCUGUUUCAAAUAAAGUCGUCCUAUAAAUACUAAAAUUUGAAACUGGCAUUUCUGGUUUGGUAAACACUUUAUAUUGAUUUUCGACUCGGAUGAAAAUAAGUUUUACUCCGGGUUUUGGAUCGAACUUACUCGAAUGUAACUAUUGAGGAGGAAUGUGUCUAUUUUAUCAGUUAUCAAGUAAGUUUGGGCCGAUUAUAGUUAGAGUUGAUAAUGAUGCUGCAUUUAUGUGCACCGAAAAGCCUGUAAUUUCACAUGAAAUUUUUCGAGAGUGCUGGGUCGAAUAACGUAGUUUAAUUUCAAUAGAAAUUCUUUCAUUUUUCGUCAAUUUUGAUUCAUGAUCAAUCAUAAAUACUAACAUUUUUAUUCAACUCUAUUCAACUUAAGCCUAACUUGACCCUCUCAAGGGAAAAUUCAUUUCAUAUACUGUUGCUUCUAGGAAUAGCAAAAUUUUGCGACAAACAUAAAGUCAUCGGAUUGAUCAUUAUGAAAUGAAAAAUUUGGCCGCACGAUGAAACAAAAAAAGAUCAUCAAGGAUAAAGCAACAACAACAGAGCUAAAUAUCAUCACAAACCAAAUUCUCUUUCGUCUACUAUCAAUAUUAUAUUAUCUUCGCAUGAAAGAAGAAAGCAACAAAAAAACUAUUACCGUCAGUAAUGUACAGUAGACAAGAGCAACCGUUAUUGUUGUAGCUGAAAAAAAAACAGACUUUAAAGAGCUUUAUGUACAUUGUUUGGCAUUUACUACAAAAACGGAUAGUAGCAAACGAUUAAAUUUUACCGCAUAAAUCGCAGACUACUGUCAUACAUAUAUUAAUUCAGAUGAAGUAAGCUGCGAGCAUGCUUUAACGAAAAACUAUGACAAAGUUGAGCAAAUGAUCAAACUCUGUGGAAUCCACAAGAACCAGUAAAACAAUCCCUUGAAGUCAAAAAAUAUACUAUCGUUCCGGAGGAACUGAAACCAUAGGAAAGAGGUAGCGUAUACUAAAUGAGUUCAAUAGAUAACUGCAAGAAAAAAAACGAAACAAUAUAAUAUAUCAUGUCAUGCGGAACAAAUUUGGAAAUAAAACUUCAUUUCAAGUUUGCCAAAAACCCAAACAAAAGUAAUCUAAAAUAAUCAAUCGUUCUUACUUUAUCGAAAAACGAAAUAUAACCAUACCAAUUUAUUAUGAAAUUAUAACCCCGACGUAGUGAAACCAAACAGAAAUACUUUCAGCCCCUCAUGAACAGGUAGAAUUUGAAAUUCAAACAUGUAAAAACAAAUUCGGUAAACUUAAUUAGGUCCUUUCCUCGUCCAGGCUAAGGUUCAGUAAGAAACGCGGAUGAAAUUCUGCCAGUGCGGGUGUAUCGUUUAUGUGUAUGCGUAUGCUUGUGUUUGUGUGCUCGUGUGUAUAUGCGCGUGUGGAUUCGCCGUGCUGAAACUAGCAAUUGCAUCUACUUCGGCCUGUUGCACGAUGACUGCCCUGAUGAGAGUUGAUUACAGUAAAACAAACUAUACAGAGUAAAAAACAGACAACCAACCUGCAAACCAGUCAGCCAGCCAAUAAACCUAGGAGUGCAGCAUAAAUUGGAAGAUUAUUUAAUAAAAAAAAAAAACAUUGUAUAACAUCGAGAGAAACGAUAAAAAACAA